CGAGAAGUCAAAGAAAAAAUUAGCGAGCAUCAGCAAAUAAAAGGUGAGGGUUCGUUAGAUAAAAAAGAAGCUAAGAAAAUAGUUAAUGAGGCCGGGUUAGAAGGUCGUGCAGUUUGGAAUAAGGAGGAUUUUGAAUUCGAAUUUAACUUUUUUGGUUGGCGAUUUAAACAAGAAAAUUUAGCGAUUGUGCUGGGUUUAUUUGUUAUUUUGAUUAUUAGUGAAGUAAUACUGUUUAAAAAAGCCAGUAAAUUAAAUAUUGCGGCCAAAAAAAGGCAAGAAGAAGACAAUAAAAUUAUUUACGAACGAAUUAAUAACUUAGAAUAUAUUAAGGCAGUUUCGGGUGAAAAAUACGAGGAGGAAAAAAUUAUGAAUAAAAUAGUUGAUGCGUUAUUAACUUUGGACCAACUUUCUAGUUAUCUGACUAUUGUGUGCGAAAGUGUAAAAAGCUUAAGCCCUGGUGAACUGCGUUAUUUGCCAACAAAUCCCACUUUUCCCUUUGAAAAUGGUGAUAUAAUUUUUGAUAAAGUUGUCUUUGCUUAUCCAAAAAGACCACAGCAAGAUAUUUUGCGGAAUUUUUCUUUUCGCUUUCUAAAAGGCAAAAGUUAUGGUAUUGCUGGCAAAAAUGGUAUCGGCAAAAGCACUAUUACCAAAACUACCCUCAAACUCUAUGAGAUAAAAACCGGGCAAAUUUUAAUUGAAGGAGGCACCGACCUUUCCGAAGGACAAAAACAACAAAUUGCCGCUAUGCGAAUAUUCAUUCGUGAUUAUGAUAUUUAUAUCUUAGAUGAAAUAUUAAGCAACGUUCACCCGGAUUUAAAAGAAAUUAUUCUCCAAAACAUAUUUACCAAAAUAAAAAAUAAAACUACCUUACAUCCCGAAUCCGAGUAUCAGGAACUAUAUUUGUUGCGAGGUAAAAGAGGAAAAGACCGCUAUGUUUAUCUGGCACCCGAAAUACGAGUUCGUCAGGAUUUAGAAAUUAAUUCCAACAUUGAACUAGCUCCCCACACUUUACGACGUUGUUUUGCUACUUAUAACCUUUUAGCCGGAAUGCCACUUAAUAUUUUACAAAGAGUAUUGGGUCAUAGUAGGGUCUCUACUACCGCCUUAUAUAUUAAAGAUAGUGAUUUAGCUAACUUACUAAAAUUUAAGCCAAUUUAA